AUGGAGGCUUUCCCCUGGGCGCCCCGUUCGCCCCGCCGCAGCCGCGUCCCCCCACCCUCGGCGCUCGUGCCCAACGCCCACCACGUGAGCGCCCCGGGCCCGGUGCACCCGCAACCCUUCAGCUCGUGGAACGACUACCUGGGGCUGGCCACGCUCAUCACCAAGGCGGUGGACGGCGACCGGAGCGGCGACAGCGGCGGCUCCCCGCCUUCCUGUUCGCCGCACGCGGGGGCCGGGCCGGCCGCCGGGGCGUUGGGGUCAGCUCUGGAGCCAGACGACGAGGACGACGAAGACGACGACAGCGACGGGCCGGGACUCAGGCCCCACUACCUGAGCGGCGCGCUGGAGCUACGCGCGUUGGAGCUGUGCGCUGGUCGCGCCGAGGCCGGGCUGCUCGAGGAGCGCUUCGCCGGGCUGAGCCCAUUUGCGGGCCGCGCUGCCGCCGUGCUGCUGGGCUGCGCGCCUGCCACCGCCCUGGCCACCGCCGAGGCGGCGCAGCGCGAGGCACGGGCCUCGACAUGGGCGGCCGAGCCCCGGCUGCACGCCGCCUCCGGGCCGGCGGCGCGGCUGCUCAAGCCUGAGCUGCAGGUGUGCGUCUUCUGCCGGAACAACAAGGAAGCCGUGGCGCUCUACACCACUCAUAUCCUCAAGGGCCCGGACGGACGAGUGCUGUGCCCGGUGCUGCGCCGCUACACGUGUCCCCUGUGCGGCGCCAGCGGCGACAACGCUCAUACCAUCAAGUACUGCCCGCUCUCCAAAGUGCCGCCGCCGCCCGCCGCGCGCCCGCAACCCCGCGGCGCCCGGGACGGCCUUCCGGGCAAGAAGCUACGCUGA